AUGUCACUGCUUUGCAUCCCUUCCGAGGUCGUCUGCGUGGUUCUCGAGAGCUGCAGCAGCGCCCAGGACGCUUUGGCACUUGCAUCCACCUGCAAGCACUUGUAUCGGGAAUGGACCAAGCACGGAGUCAAAAUCAUUUGGUCUUAUUGGAAAGAGGAGAUGACUGGUCUCGACGAAGCUUUAAUUGCGAUCCGGGCGACACAGAUUGUCGUUGAUCAUGAAGCUCGUCGUGAGCAACCGCCUAGCGCAAUGAGCUUGUCGCGUCUCAGUGCACAGCACCAGAAACCGACUCUAUCGGAACUGAGCGCGCUGUGGAACUUGAGUCGCAUUGUUGCGUUGAUGUGUAAUCAGGCUUGUGCGUGGCUACCGCACGGCGCGUUUGACGUGGACGAAAGACUCGAGCAGCAUGGGCAUCUGCCUCAAUGCCGCGACCGAAUCGUCAAAUCAAUGUACCGGGGGCUUAUUGCGGCCGCAGCCUUAUCAGGUGUAUACAACGAGCCUAUCUACAAGGCGGAAUCGGCGAUUACGCCAGAGAACUUUUCCACCGAAGACGCGAAGAGACUUGGACACUUUCCUGCCUACCAGACCACUUGCCGGGCGGAAGAUGAGCAUGCCAUGUUUUAUGGCUUCGCAAGAUGGUAUCAAGAUACCGUUUUGACGGAGAAUUCCCGUACCAUUAUGACAGAACGCUUCCGUGAGCGUCGCGGACGAGGACUGUGCUGCGCUGGCAGGGUCGACGGCGCCAAAGCCGGUGAAGAAGAUGAUGAUGCAACUGCAUCUGAUGACGGAGGCGAGGUUCCUGAUGAGGAUGAGGGGUCCGAUGAGGAUGAAGAGUCUGAGGAGGACGAAGAUGAGGCCUGCCCUCUACAAGAUAUCGACAGUCUUUCGCAUUCUGAUGUACACCUUCUGAUAUGGGAGACGAUGCAGUUGCUCUGGGCCGUCGAGAUGAUACGUGUUUGCUGUUCCUUCGGAGCAAAUGAGCUUGGAAAACAAGCGAAAGAGAACUCCUCGAAAACACUGUACGUGGUUCCGUUCGGCGCGUUUCGCCCGGUGCCCAUGCAUCUUUGGAAAGAGGACGGACCGUCUCCAGCGUACGAUUACGCUCCCGCCCCAGCCCCUGAGGGAGUCAGCGUCAGCGACUUCCGGAAGACGUAUGUCAAAGUGGGAACACCGUCAGGAUGGGGCGAUAUCCUGGAUUGGAUGCAUGGGAGCUCUGGCCAGCCCAACCACUACCGCCGAACCGAUAACCCCAUCGCGCCGCUGCAUUUGAAGCUUUUUGAGUUUCUGGUCCGUCUCUUCGCCAACGCACGCUUCUCGCUGAGCUUCUUCCAGUCGGACUGGGAGGAACACUGGGUUGACUUGAUGACGCUGACGGACAGCUGCGUGCUGUUUACGAGUGACGAGCAGGAGGGCCGUGGACCGUGCAGGCAAGACCUUUUGAGCGGCGGCUUUACGGAUGGCGCACUGUGCCUUGAGACCCGGAGAGGCAAGGGGAAGCCUGCUGUAUACUAUUCCUAG